AUGUGGGCCUGUUGCCUUGAUUUUCCAUCUCAGGAGCCAGACCACAUGGUCUGCCUUGUGGGGGGCGGGGGGGGUGCGGUUCACAGAACUGCCAAGGCCCCGUGUGAGUCCCCACGCCCUUCCCAGCUGCCACCUGGCGGAGCGAGGAGCAUCUACACACAGGGUCAACCAUUAGUUGUUUUGGGGCCAAAGCAGAUAUCCUCCGUGGCCCAAGGGACGUUUCUCAGGCUGAGACAUGCCAAGUUACAGCUGAAGGUCAAGAUUGAAAGCGGUCUUGUGUUCUACGGGCCGGUGUUCUGCUGCUUCUGCCCCUGGUGCUGCCGUGAUCUGUGCUGGAGACAAGAGCCACUGUUACUGGCCGCUACCACCAGCCCCGGAGCUCGGCCUCCAGCUGCACCUGGGGAGCAGGCCGGGCCAAGCCACGCUGUCCUUGGAGCUGAUGGGCUGACAGGCGGGGCUCCAGGGAUGAGGACGCGUCAACCUCUGGACCCUCAGCCUUUUGCUUUACAGAAAGGCAUCAGGGGACGGAUGUUGCCAAAACCUGCACUGUUUCUGUCUGGCUUGAUUGUGUUCUGGCUUGAUUUGAAUGGGUUUCCCAGAUGGCUCCGCGUGUAA